CUCCCGAGUUCUGAUCACGUGAUUCGAGCAGGCCUGAGCAUUCUGAUUGGCUGCCGUGACUGUCACUCCCAGCUGUUUCAGGAAGACUCCUCCGUGUGCCCCUCCCCCUCGCUCUGUCAGGCGGUGCAGAGCUGGUUCGGUCAGUCAUUCUUCGUUCGCCGGGGUCUGUGAGCGAGCACCGGGACGAUGUACUCCGUACUGCUGGCAGCUCUCAUAGCAGGUAAUACAGGGAGAGAGGGGAUAGUCAGUCAUCACCGACAGUCCACGGACUGCUGGCUGUAAUCCCACCAUCAUUGAUAACUGGCUGUACUGUCCCUUUAAGACACACUGUGUAUGGGAGAUCCAUGCUGCAGGGCUCUUGCGAUAUUAACACAGCCCUGUGUUCUGCAUUCUCUAUAACAGAAUGUUACAAGUAGAAUUUGGAUUUCUCCAUAAUGGGCACAGGUCACCUUUCAAUAACCAGCAUUCUUUGUUUAAUAACAGAAUAUUUCAUAAAUAAUCCCACUAGAUCAAGUCAUAUAUUUAGUAUGUUUAUACAUGUUUAUUUAAUGAUGAUUUCACAUUGUAUAGUGUGGUACAGAAUUGCAGUGUUUGUGUGUAUGUGUGUGUGUGUGUGUGUGUGUAUAUAUAUAUAUAUAUAUAUAUAUAUAUAUAUAUAUAUAUAUAAAAAUGUGUCUCCUAUACCUGACAAGCAAUCCUGCCUGGUGACCCAUUGAUAUGUUAGUGUGCACCGCAAAGAAACUGUAAAUGGAAGUCAUUAUUUUCAAGAUGGGAUUUAUUUUUGUUUAUUUUUUAUCUAAAGAAAAAAAUGUGGAAGUUCAUCAAAUCCAUGAUGGGUUGAUGACUGAAAGCUAGAGAGGAAGUCCAGGCAGAAGGGCUCAACAUUUCCACUCCCCCGCCAUUGGGGAAUGAAAAUUCAGCCCUGGUGAAUGUUUUGGACCCUCCAGGUUUGCAGUGGUGAAUAACUUGUAUGCACGAGUCGUAGAGUAGUAAUUACAUUUUUAGCCCUGCAUCCAGAGUAAUUCACUAAGGUGAGAUUUGUCAGGUGAGACAUUUUCCUCCCUUUUUUUUUUUUUGGCCUUAAAUUUAGAAUUCAAUGUGAAUUCUUGAGAAUUCUCUGUUUAAUGAAAAAUCCUAAUAUGAAUUUAGGUUAGAUGCUUAUUUCUUUGAACUCUUUGAUUUAUUCUUUUCAUGUACCUUUUUAUAUUGCUAAAUAAGAUCCUCUUAUCUAUGUGCUUGUUUAGCAGACAACUCAUGGUAGAGUAUAAUUAGAUAAGCAAGGGCUAUCUGAGUUUAGCAAUCUCUUGUUUCAGUAUGAACAUAACAGUCCCUAUAACCAGUGUUAUUGUUUUGGGUCAUUAUCAUAGUCCAGUGAGCUUCUCAAGGUCACAAAGGAUUGUACUUGCCUACUAACCAUUGAUCAUCAUUUAGUUCCCAGAAUCUUAGACAAUUAUGGCACAUUCAUCUUACAUCUCCCAUGCAUAAUUACAGCAGUAAUUUUCAUAGUAUCAUUUUUUAAUAAGGUGCUAGAGUGCAGUAAUAUAUUCGACUAGCAAACUAUAAUAUACCCACAAAAAUAUCAAAUGACCACUUCACUAAAAUAUUAUAGACGUAUUUGUGUACCUGUACAAGGAACAGCAUGUAUGUAAUUUUCUUAUAUUUUUAUAUGGAUGUACACUCUCCAUUCCACUCAUUAAUGGCGUUAUCAGUUAAAUGCCAGAAAACCUAUUGACUAAAGUGCAGUUUUAUUAAAAAAAAUUUGUAUUACCUUGGCGUUUGUGAUUCCUUAUUUAGUUACUAACUGUGUGAGGAUAUGACGUUGUGGUGUUGAGUAUAGAAUGCCGUAGUUGGAUUUGGUGGUCUAAUGAAUGAUCAAAUCCGUGAUAUACUGUUUAACAAAGGUGUAUUGCAUCCAUAGAGUAGAUGCAAACAGAAUUGUUGUGCAAUACUCAAGCAAUUGGCAUUACACACAUUUUCUCGGGUGGCAAGUGUGCCCAGUUAGUCAGAUAAAGACUUUGGCAUCACAGGCAUGUUUUUUUUUUUUUUUUUAUAUUUUGUCUAGCAUUUCUUUUUAGUUUGUUUUUUCUCUGUGCGGGAGGUUGGGGGUUAAGAGAAGACAGUUUGAGGAGCCCCACUCUUUUUUACUUUUCUAUAAUGGUGCUUUUUGGUACUGCCACCAUUAUAUUUUUUUUGUAUUGGGAGUGGGGGGAUUUUCAACUUGCAUAUAACAAAUAGUCUAUAGCUUUAAUCAAUGGCAAUGUCAUAAUUCAAGCUCAUUUUAUACUCUGUCUCAAUCUGCGUGUUGAAUGGCCCUUGUCAGUAGUCAUGUGAUUACUCUUCCCGGAAUCACCAGAGCCUGUUUCUUUCUGUGCUUAUUACACUUUUGUGAUAUUCCUUUUGCUAUACAUUUUAUUUGUUCAGUUAUAAGAGCUUUUACUUGAUAUAUUGUUGCUAUAACCCCUCUGAAAAGCAUAUUGCAUUUCUCUAGUAUACAAAAUAGUAAAAAUGUUUCUUUGAACUCUGCUGAUUUUAGUUUCUUAUCGUUAGAGCUUUGAGAUGGUUGCAAGUGGUACUGGCAAUUUACAGCCGCAAGAUUCCGCAUUCAGCAGGGGUUGAAUAGUACAAAAUACAGGACUUCCUCAAAAUAUACAAGCUGUGAUUGCUACAAUAUCAAUAUUUCUUAAAUACAAUGCUCUUUAUUCUGAUUUUAGUAUUGCAUCUAUCGAAAAGGGGAACAGUUGCUUCCAAGUAUUUUUUAUUAUGUUUACAUAUAUAGCAUAUUUUUUGGUGAGUUCUGAAGAAUAUUUUAAAUCUUGAAAUCCACACAACUUUCCUGUAGCUUAGUGCUUCCAUCUGGUCUCCCUGUCAAUCCUAAAUAAUGCCCUUCCUGUCAUUGAACAAAUUUAAUGGAAGCGGAGAAAUCAAAUCAGUUUGUCUGUUCUCUUCAUAUGCAUUUGUGCCUGGAUUUAAUUGGAUUGUGGUGUCACUUGUUAAAUCUUAAUAUACUUUUCAAAAGAAAACGGAGCACCACAUUUUAAAACACCAAAAAAAAAAAACGCCUGUUAUAUGAUUUUUAAAGCUGUAUUCCUGGCACUAUUGCUCCCUCAGCCUCCCCCCUUCCUUGCACCACCCACGCUGCUGUAAAUGAAGGGUUAAAAACCCUUUAUUUACUUGAUCUAAGCGCCGAUGUCCCUUGACUCUGGGUCGCGGCUCCGUCUCCUCCAAUGUCGUUCAAUGAGGGGUCGCAAAUGCACAUGCCAUUCACAAAAGCCACUCACAAAACUGACUUGAAAAAGGUAUGUUUCUUUUCAAGCCAGUUUUGUGAAUAGGGAGUCACUGAUUGGCUGAGAGUGUCAACUGAUCACUCUCAGACAAUCAGCGGCACAUCAUCCCCUGCGGCACUCCGCACUUCCUAAACCAGAAAAUUCAGAAACCAGAUGCUGCCAGGGGAGCAGUGGACUUUGCUGCUGGAGGCAGCUUUUGGGUUAAAUCGUUCAAGAAUGGUUUAAAAUCUUGAGGUAAAUUUAUCUGGGAGCCUCCUGGCACCAUUACAAAUUUAAAUGAAGUUUUUUGGUGCCUGGAAUGUCCCUUUUAUUCAGUGGUGUAACUUACAGAGAAAUGCCAGUUCAUCUUUCAAGCUUGAGCAGUCUUAUUAAUGAAUACACCCUUUGUCCGCAAAACUUUCUCAGAGCCCAUAGGUUUCGCUUGAGCAAAGUUACUAAUCAAUCUAGUCAUGAUGGCAGUUGUAAUGAAAAUUAAUACCUUUUUUUUUUUUUUCCCUGAUCAGUUUUUAAAAACUUGAAAUGUCAUUAUCCUGACCACCCAAAUACUGCAUAAAAAGUAGGUUUUAAAGUAACACUCCAAGAUUGCUGAAGUGCUUUAGGUUUAACUGGAUGUGUCAUUUCCUAUUUCAUAAAAGUAGCGCGCUCUUCCUAAUUUGCUUUUGAGUGCUUGCUCAAGGCAGAAGUAAGGUCUUCUCACAGACCAUGAAAUAUGACAUACGUGUGUGUGUAUAUAUAAUAUGUAUUUUCAUUGGUGCAAUUGUGCCUGUUCAUGGUCAAUGAAUCAAGUUUCUGUCAUAUAAUGUUAUAAUGGUACGCAUCUUUUCAUGUCACUAAUUUCGUAUAAAUUACAGAAACUCUGAAAAGAACCCAUUAAUGUACUUUCUUGGUUAUAACUUCCAAUCUUGCCUCCACAUACCCCCACUCUUUCCAGUGGUGAUAAAUUUAAGAGAACCAGUGGAAGCUAUUUGCGAAUAACUCUCUGGAUAUUGUAGUUAUUCAAUAAUGGCAUGACUUUCAAAGGCACUGUUUACAGUAAAUUUUGGUCUAGGCUUUUCAAGGGCACUUGUACUGAGCAACCUGGUUGAAAUGGUUUUACCCUGUUUGAUUUGUCCACAGCCCAACUAGAUCCAGUAUGAGCCAACAGUUAACAACUAUGUGCAGGUUUACCUCAAUCUGUUUAUUAUGUUAACGUUUGGGGUUUCUUUACGUUUUGAAUGGAAUCUUGUGAUACUUUUUUCAGUCAAUAUCUACAUGCAAGGCUUUUGUUUGAGUAGAUGCCAGUUGUGACAUUUACAGUAGACUCCUAAAGUAUAUUUUCACACUGGAUUUCCUACCCUUUUUAAAGGUGUGUUUUGGGUGUUUUUUUUUUUUUUGUUUUGUUUUUUUUUUUUAUUUUGUUAAGGGGUUUAAAUGCAUAUGAAGGGUCUGUUGUCUGUCAUCUUCACACCAACUCCCUUGGCUCUGACUGUUCUUUAACACUCCAUUUAUUUAGUUUUCGUUCACGUUGUAGUAGGUAUUUCUCAAAAAAAAGUUAAAGUGUGUGUUUUUACUAAUACUUUAAUUUUUUACUAAUUAAAUGAACUUGUACUUAAGAACUAUGUUCCUUUUGUAAGCUUAAUUUCAUGCUAGUUCUCAACCCCCCCCCCCCUGGUUUUUUUUUGUUUGUUUGUUUUUUGGUUGGUUGUUUUUAUUUAUUUUUAUUUAGAGAUGAUAUGGUUAGACUGUUGAUAGUGUUAUGCUUAAAAUUACAUGUUGCCUGUAAAUCUCACUAUUUACUAUCAACAACUGUCUAUUUGUGCUAACAAUGGUAUCUGGUAAACUGGUUGGCAAGUGUGAGCAGUGAACACAAACAUCGUUUAACAUAACAUCUGGGAUUAGAUGUGAAAGGUUUACAAUAUUGGCAAAGUGUGUGUGUGUGUGUGUGUGUGUGUGUGUGUAUAUAAAAAGUACUGUGGAAUUAAAGGAAUGCUCCAGGCACCAUGACAAUAUCAAGUUAUGGUGCAAGGGGUCCCUGACACUGGCUCACAGUUAAGGAGUAAAGCUUUCUCAAACGGUUUAACUAAAAGUAUGUGUUCAAGCGCCAGAUCUUCCUGUCCUUCUGUUUGCUCAAAUUCUGGUAGGCUUUGGCAGCAGAACUGCAGAUUAACUGAGAGCGGUCAGCUUGAGCUCUCAACCAAUCAGUGACUGACCAUUCAAAAAAACUGUCUUGAAAAGAUACGUACAGACUUUUUGGUUCAACUGUCGGUUUAACCCCUAAAGGUGAGCCAGCGCCAGGGAUCUCUUGGCACCAUAACUACUUAAUUUAGAUUACGUUAUUAUGGUUCCCUAUUUGGUCCUUUUUUAAGUUUGCUAAAUUGUUUAGGGUCUAGGCCAGCACAGAGCCUAAACAAUUUACAAUUUCAUUUCUUUUUUUGGUUAGUUUAGAUCCACAGCUUUUAUUUAAUUUCCCAAAUAUUUCUUUCCAAUAUUAAAGUUGCUUUCCCGCAUAGACAACCUAAUAGCCUUUGUGACAUGAAUUUAGCAAUGUGUAUAUAUUACCUGUUGUGAAUUCUCAAGCUAAUGUUAAGUAUUUAUGAAAUGUAGUCUAAGAUUGAUCUAAUCCUGCAAUAAUUUUUAUUUUUUAAUUGUAGUGUUUGUGUGUGAUUUUUUAUUUUUUAUUUUAUUUAUUUAUUUUUCUUUAGACUAAUGGGCCUCUCAUUUAUUCAAAAACAAAACCUAAAUAAUUUACUAUUAAUCCCGGAGGGGGAGGGGGGAAGGUUUGUCUGUUUUUAUUUUUUUGUAAAUCAGAAUUUUAGGUUUAGAGGAAAAAAAAACCCUAUACAAAGGAAACCAUUUAGUCAGUAUCAAAAUAAUACAAAGUAAAAUGUCAACCCACGGCCAUCCAAGCAAGGAAACCGUUAUCAAAUUAAAAGGCCAGUAGUAAAAGAAAGAAAGAGAGACAGAUGCAGAGAGCCAGGGCCUGGAAUUUCAGGCACUAUUGUUAUGCUCAUAUGCAGGUCGCCAUGAUAGAGUAAGUCCACGAUUAGCAGACAUCACAGGGCGUAAGGUUAAGGAGUUACGACAGCAAGGUGUGAAAGUCCUCUGACUUAGAGCUUACCAGCCAUUGUUUCCAUAUUGUUGUAUAUGUAUGCAACCAUAGCCGGAUGCACUGAAUAUCAGCUGGAUGGAUGGAAAGUUAAAUAACUGAUGUCACAAUUGUAUGGGGAGAUGUCCCACUAGAUGUCUUUCUUCAGCAGUAAUGUCUCAUGUUCUCUAAUAGUAUUCAGAUUACAUGAAAUCAUUUAGAAACCUUUUUGCAUUAAACGUUAGUGCAUGUUGUAUCUGAGAAUGCAUUACUAAAAUGUGAUCUGCUUUAGAAACAAAUGUGUAGUCUUGGACAUGUUUGGUACCUGUUUACUUGGGAUUAAGUGGCAUUUUGGGUCUUAUAAAUUAUACAGUUGUGAAACAUUUAGAGCACAAUUCUAAUUAAUGUAGAAUUGAUGUGCUUGUGUGUAUGUAUUCUACUUAUAGGAAUUUAUUAAGUGAUUUUAUUGUUAAUGAUAUAUUUUUUUUUUUUUGAAUUUUUUUUUUUUUUUUAAUAGCUGUAGCUGCUGAUUUUACCGUUUUGAAAUCACCCCAGUACCAAAUCUUUCAAGAAGGAAACUGGCCAGUUCCCGGAGAUCGCAUUCCAGAUGUGAUUGGUCUAUCAAUGGGAUUUUCAGUGGAAGAGGUUAGGUUUCAAUCUUUAUCUUGCAUAUUUUGUCAUUAUGGGUGUUUUAAUCAUAUCUAAAAUCUACAAGAAUAGGAGAAUAACACAAUGGAAGGUGUAAAUUAAGCCCUAGUGUGACCAUUUUUUCACUGGCUAGAAGAGUAACCUACAGGAACAUUGAGGCAAGAACCCCUUCCAGUGACUUCAUGCACAGCCACUCCGAACUUGCCAUUCUUUUCUUACAGAAAAGUUCGGUGCCACUGUGAAUUUUUCUGCAGUGACUUGUCAGCCACACCACAGUUGUUUAUUGGCAUUGUAGGAAGUCAAGCACGGAACAUCUUAUGCUGGACACACGCAAUAAGUCCUUUUCGUGUUCGCAAAGAUUAGAAAAAAAACUAGACUUUAGAUGGCUUUGUGAGAGCAAAAACAUUAACAGGAAGAUAGGGAAUGGCGAAUGGGAGGGAAAGGGUAGAGCAGUGCAAGUUUUCAUUCACACUCCAAAUUGUGCCACUACACACAUACUGACACAUAUUGACACUUAAAGGGACACUAUAGUCACCACAACAACUACAGCUUAAUGUAGUUGCUCUGGUGAGUAUAGUCGGUACCUGCAGGCAUUCUGCAGUAAACACUGGGGUUUUUUUUUUUUUUCAGAGAAAAUUUCGUAUUUACUUCUCAGAUGGCUACUAAAGGUGCUUCCUGGGGCAGUGCUGCACAUUGUCUCCACCCUCUGCAUGGAGACACAGUACUUUCCCCAUAGAGAUGCAUUGAUUCAAUACAUCUCUAUGAGGUGAUGCGGAUUUGCCAGGGUGGCAUUUGGCUCUGCUCUCUGCCCUACCUCCUUGGCAAUCUCAGCUAAUCUAAUGCUUUCCUAUGGGAACGCAUUGUGAUUGGCUCAGGUCAGCAUGUCUGAUGCCAGCCAAGGAGGCAGGUCAAGGGCAAAGCCAGUAGACUGCAAUAAAGGUAAGAUUUUACUAUUGUGAUAAAGUGAAGGCAGAUAGGCCUUUUAACCCCAGGGGGAGUAUGUGUAGUUUGUGUGUUGCACAACACAACGCAUUGUUUAGUUAUGGGCCCCUGGGGUGGAGCAUUUGGAGAGAAGGGUGGGCCAAUGCUCCACUCCACAGUUUAGUGGUGUUCUGGGGAGACCUAGAUCCAGGCCAGGGUUUUUUGGACUGUCUCCAACCCACUGCUCAGCUGCAGGUAAUCAGCUGUUGCAGUGGGAAUAAACUCCUCCCGGCUAGGCAGGAAAAAAGAGAGGGAUUGCUGGCUUCCUCCCAGGAAGCAGGUAGGAGAGAGAGGCUGUUCUCUCCAUAUAGUCAAGAAGACUAGGCACUUGGAGUGCAGAAAGGAAGCAGUCAGGGCAAGACUGGCUUGGAGCACUGGGAGUGCAGAAAGGAAGCAGUCAGGGCAAGACUGGCUUGGAGCACUGGGAGUGCAGAAAGGAAAGCAGUCAGGGCAAGGCUGGCUUGGAGCACUGGGAGUGCAGAAAGGAAAGCAACAGGUUAGAUAGCAGAGUGUUGCUAUCUAAAAGGUUGGUGCAAUAUUGUGUUUAGUUUAACCCUGAGAGAUAGGGAACUAAAGUCAGUUAGUGCUCAGACGAGCUAGGUGUUUGUUUAUAGGGUUUUCUGUUACUUUUGAUUUUUAUUUACUGCUGUAUCCUGUGUGGAUUUACAAAUAAAGUGCCUGAAGUAUUUGCAACUACAAGGACUGUGCAUGUUUUUGCCCUAGAGGACCGUGCUACCUGGUGACAAGGAUCACACUAUAUUUAUUAGGGGGGCUAGAUAGUGUUUUAACACUACAGGGUCGGGAAUACGUUUGUGUUCCUGAUCCUAUAGUGUUCCAUUACGACUGUUGAAAAAAAACUGGGAAUAAAAGCUUAAAUGCUUGUCACAGUUGUUUAUACUGGAGAGUAACUUUUAGGCCUGGCCAGUAGGUUAUUGCGUAAGACAUUGAGCCAGGUAUAAAUGGUAACUGUAUUAUUUAAAGGUUAUGGCAUUUUAUUUGUGCAUUGUUUUAUUGUAGGUAGUAAAUAAAUAUGUAGGCUUCAUUUUAUAUGGUGAAUUUUGUUAACCCGUUAAGGACACAUGACGUGUUACAUGUCAUGAUUCCCUUUUAUUCCAGAAUUUUGGUUCUUAAGAGGUUAAAGGGACACUAUCGUCACCAGUACAACUACAGCUUAUUGCAUUUGUUCUGGUGAGUAUAAUCAUUCCCUUCAGGCUUUUUGCAGUAAACACUCUCUUUUCAGAGAAAAUGCAGUGACAUUACAGCCUAGUGAUAAUUCAAGUGGCAACUCCUCAGAUGGCUGCUAGAGGUGCUUCCUGGGGCAGUGCUGCACAGUGAGCAGCACUGCUACUCAGUCUCCACCCUCUGAAUGCAGACUUUGAACUUGAUUCAAUUCAUCUCUGUGAUGAGAUGCUGAUUAGCCAGGGCUGUAGGGGGGGCUAGAUGGUGGUUUUAACACUGUAGGGUCAGAAAUACAUGUUUGAGAUGUUUGACAGAAUUUAGCUGUGUGUGAAAUACAUGUAUCUUGGUAUAUUUUAACAGGAUCUAUCUUGGCCUGGGUUAGGAGCUGGCAAUCUCUUUCAGUGCCCACGUGCAACUGUCUUGGUGUCUGUAACUGGUACAAGCAAACUUCCUCUUACAGAAAAUGGGAUUUCAUAUCCUAUAGAAAAUGUGAGUAUGAGUACAGUGUUUGCUGCUUUCUACUAUAUUUCAAAACAUAAAUGUAACUUUUUAACCAAAUUAAAGGCUGUAAAUAAUAGAUAUGUUACGGUGAAAUUGAUGUGACCACAAACAGAAUAACGUUCAAUCUUUCCCUGGGUUAUUCACUAAAGUGAAAAUGCAAACUGAAUUUCAAAUUUAAGGCCAGAGUAGCUGAAUUAAAAUCAUAGCUGACUUGGAGAAUUUUUUUGUUUUGACUAUUUUGACUUUAAAUUUAAAUUCAAUUCUCGCUUUUGAACAUAACCCUGUAACUGUUAAUGGUGGUCUAUAAAUUGGUUCUCUGUGUCUUCAAUAUAAGGUCUGAAUUUUCUCUUCAGGGCUUAUCUCUAACAAUGCAUUUGCAAUUUAGCCUCACUAUAUAAAACUGACACAUAACUGCUGGUUAAAAAGGAUGUACAUUUAGGUUUGCUAAUGCUGAAAUCUCACCUAUUCAUUUUUUAAUUUUAUUUUUUAUUUCCUCUUAAGGCUGUACCUUACAGUGUUGACAGUGUGGUGAACUCCAUACAUUUACUAUUCUCAGAAGAAAUGCCUGUUGUCUUACAGUUGGCUCCAAUAGAGGAGGUAAGUGGAGCAUGCCCAUCACAUUAUUUGUCACUAAAAUAUGAUUAUUUGUGAUUCAAGUAAUUUUAGAUACAAAAACAGAGGGGUUGAACUCAUCCACAGAACAGGGUGCUUUACUGAGCAACGGCCAGGACAAACCCAUACAUGCGUUCAAAGAAAAGCAGUUUAUUACACCAUUGUGUGCAUGACAACAUUUUGACCUUCAAGAUCUUUAUUAUCCAAGUAAUUUUCUGGAAAAGCUGAGUCUUGCACAAGUUUAUGUUCUAAGAAUUGUAUUGGCUGUUUAUUGCAGUGUUUUUGUGACCAAUUUCUUAAAUACAUGUUUUCCCCACAGAGAGUAUACAUGGUUGGUAAGGCUAAUACAGUAUUUGAGGACCUUCCGGUCACAUUAAGACAACUAAGAAGCAGCUUGGAACAGGACAAUUCCAUUCUUGCAUCACUACCUGUCAACUCUUUGUACCGAAAUGAUGAGGUGAGCUGACAUGACAAUUAGAAAUGUAGAAGUGGUCAGUAUAUAUAUAUAUAUAUAUAUAUAUAUAUAUAUAUAUAUAUAUAUAUAUAUAUAUAUAUAUAUAUAUAUAUAUAUAUAUAUAUAUAUAUAUAUUUUGUAUAUAUAUAUAUAUAUAUUUUGUAUAUAUAUAUAUAUAUUUUAUAUAAUCUUUUUAUAUGGUGGCCUUCAGAUCUGGGAUUGUUUACUGUAUUAAAAGAACAUUUCUGUUUGUGAGGCUACUUCUACUUUCAUCAGUAUUCCAUUGCCAUUCUUAGGAAGCCUUCUCUUUCUAUAGCAAAUACUAAAUUGACGGUUUAAGACCCUUAUUUCUCUGAUCGAGAAAUUUGUCAUGUUUUAGUAAGCAACCACAUAUUCUCGUAUGUCUAAUAUAUUAUCUCAAGUGUGUUGGUCAUUUGAUGCUGAAAUUCUACUAAACUAAGUUUUUUUUUGUUUUUUUUUUACAUUUUUUAAUUUUAGGUAUACAUUAUAUAUUUUUUUUUUUUUUUUGCAGACUGACCGUCUGUUCCUUUCAGAAUUGCAAGUACUGCAAGAUAUACCUGCUUUGGUGAGUCAAGUAUUGUUUAUGAUCCCCUAUAUUUAACACGUGGAUUUGUGUGCAAAAUAAAAUGUAGAAAUAAACACCUUUUUAUCCUACAGUUGUGUGCCACAACUUCACUCCCUGUCAGUCAUUAGUAUAAGCCCUUUACAUAUGGCAGUUCUCCUAGGGAAAGCAUACUGAGCAGAGGAGAAUUAAAACCAUUUCGAUUUCUCCUCCUCUUUGCAAUAUGUGCUUUGGCUAUGCCUUGGUCAAAGUGGAUUGUGAUGUAAUUUGCCAAAUAUUUAAUGUAAAUGGAAACUGAGCAUUGCAUACAAAAAAGAUUAACACAAUUUAUAGGUGAUCUUUCAGUGUGUUUUUAUGCUGUAAUUUUCAGAGAAGUGACUUUUCUCUUUUUAAGGGUCUACUUUAAGUACACAAAUAGCUGCAUCAUGAGGAACAACUGAAAACUGUUAUUUAGACUACUAAAAUGUACAUUUUAAUAGUGACCUUAUUUUUCCUGUAAUAUUUCUUCUAAAAUGUAGCUGUCUCGGCACAAACAUCUAGCCAAAGAUAAUGCUCCAGAUAUCUAUUCCUUGGAACUGACUGGAUUGGAGGAGAUCAAGAAACGCUAUGGAGAAGAUUCUGUAAAGUUUAAGGAUGCAACUCAAAUUCUUUCUGAUGCCCUGCAGAAGGUAGUGCAAAAUUGUAUUUUCUGUUCAUUAAUGGAACACUCCAAACAAAAACUACCGUGCUUAUGGUGCUUGCAGUGUUACUUUAAAUAAUUAGUUUUGUUAAAUGGUGUGCAAGUACACUUGGCUGAUUGGAAAUUGAAAAUUGAUAUCAUGUCCACUGACUCUGUAUAUACACGCACAAUGAUACUCUGCUUUAACUGCUGCACUCAUUAAAGGGACUCUAUAGUCACCAGAACAACUACCUCUUAUUGUAUGUGUCCUGGUUAGUAAAAUCGUUCCCUUCAGGCUUUUUUUUUUUUUUUUUUUCAGUAAAAAAAAAACGUUUUUUUCAGAGAAAAUGCAGUGUUUCCAUUACAGCCUAUGGAUACCUUCACUGGCCACUCCUCAGAUGGCUACUAGAGGUGCUCCCUUGGGCAGUGCUGCAAACUGUACAGCACUGACUAUCAGUGUCUUCACCCUCUGCAUGCAAACACUGAACUUUCCUCAUAGGUAAGCAUUGAUUCAAUGCAUCUCUAUGAGGAGAUGCUGAUUGGCCAGAGCUGGGUUUGGCUUGUGCUUGCUCUGCCCUUGAUCUGCCUCCUUGACAGUCUCAGCCAAUCCAAUGCUUUCCUAUGGGAAAGCAUUGGAUUGGCUGAGAGAAUCACUUCUGAUGAUGUCAGUCAAGCAGGCAGAUCAGGAGCAGAGCCAGCAGCAGCAGACUGGAACAAACGUAAUAUUUAACUAUAUUUAGGGGGCAAGGGUAAGCCAGGGUGUUGGAUUGUGUUUUAACACUACAUGGUCAGGAAUACAUUUGUGUUCCCGACUCUCUAGUGUUCCAUUAAGCCUACACACAAUAAACAUAAUGCAUUCACACUCAUUGUACCUCCAUGCUGUGACCCAAAUGUGAAUUAAAAAAAAACACCUUAUCUUGUAUGUUUGUUGUGGCCAGUUUUUUUGUUUUUGUUUUGGUUUUUUGGUAGGAGGGGGUUUAGGGUUGAUUUGUAGGUUAGGUUUUUAAUUUAGAGUCCUGACCCUAGGAAAAAAUAACUUUUCUCGAUCUACACCUUGCGCCUAAUUUUAAGUUCAGUUUUGUGUAGAGUAAAUCUUAAAACAUUUUAUCCAUAUGAUCUACACCAUGGAGAAAAAGCUCAGUAACUUGCCCCUUUGGCUAGUCCCACACUUAGGUCCCGUGUCUUUUUUAUUUUUAUUUAUUUUUUUUCACUCGUUGCAUAUCAGACUGAUACCUCUCUAAUAAGGGCAGUCCAGAUUCAAAAUGCCACCUAGUUCUCUCUGCACAUUUUUUUUUUUUUUUUUAAUUCUUUUAUUACGUGCCAGGAAUUACAGAAAAUGCCCGGUGUGCCACAACAGCAUAUACAGGCUUUUGAUGUAAUUACAGAUUGUACAUUUUCAUGGCAUUUGAAAAAUACUGCACAUUUUAUAUUUUAUAGUAAGCAUAAACAUGUUAAACGAAGUGUUUUUCAGUUUAAAGUUAUACCAAUGCUAGUACUGGUUCUUUCAGUUGGCUAUAAGUUGAUCAGUAAGUCAUAUUAAGAUGUGAAGUAUGCUCAUUCGUAUUCUGCACGUAUACAAAUAGAUAGAUAAAGAUCUAUCAUGCUUUUAAGAAUACAGUGAAUGGCAGAUAUCAAGACAGGCUGAUUAUACUGACAGGAUGAGCAUUCAGGUUUAGAAAACCAGUUAUAAACAAGCUUGAGGAUACGGUAUACCACCGGGGAGCAGAUGAUCUGAUCGAUAAAGGCACAGGGGUUUGAAUGGUAAGAUAACUUGUGCAAUUACCUCCAAAUCAUGAGUCCUAAUGCAUCUUGUCACAAGUAUCUGGAAGUACCACAAACUGCUCUAUGUAAGAUCACUGGAAUGAAUUCUCCAUGUCGCGGGGGGGGAGGGGUGUACGGGGCCAGUUCCCCACAGGUCUGACACAUGGCUGAGUGCUGAUUAGUGGGAUAGCGGGGCAGCGGCUGUCCUCACCGCUGGAGUAGGCCUCGUUAAUGUCAGUGAGGGAUCUUCCCCCAGGGGACUGAAGCGUUUUGAGCCAGCCUCACCCUGGGCCCAGAGCCCUCUGCCAGCUAAGGGCCACCGUUGCCGGUCGGUAUUAUUUCAGGAUUCAUAUUUUUAAGGUUUAUCUGGUCUUGAGUUGCAGGAGCUGGUCUCACUUGCGACCAUCCAGCUUGGUGAUCCGGCCCCGCCCCCCUCUGCACAGAUUUUUAAUAUAUUAUUUAUAUAGCGGCAUCAGAUUCCGUAGCGCUGUACAGUGGGUGGACUAACAAACAUGUAAUUGUAAGCAGUCAACUGGACGUACAGGAACAGAGCGGUGGAGGGCCCUGCUCAAUGAGCUUACAUUCUAGAGGGAGUGGGGUAUACGUUGAUGAGCAGAAGACAUUCAUUAAUUGACAAAAUUGCAUGCCAUUCAGCAUUCCUACUUGUAAUUGAAAAGGUUUACAUCCCCUUUCUGAGAUACACCGUACGUUGUACAAAUCUUGUAUUUUAUUGCUUUAGUUGAACUCUCCACCUUCAUAGGUUCUUUUUCAACAUCGUGGAAAGAACAAACCCGUAGCACACCACAAAAGUAUUGCACCAAAAAAAGAUUUAAUUCACAUAAUGCAUAUAAAAACACAUACAGAGUAGAGUGCAAACAUGCAGGGAAAUCACCUAACAAAUAACCACAUUGAAUAGAAUAAGGGCAGAUAAAGUGCUCAAAGCCUUAAGCCAAGGGUAACAGGUAUACUGACCCGAGCUGGAAACAACAGUCCCCUGUUAAGGACACAGGUCUAUACUCCUUUAGCACCCUGCACUGUCACUACUACAUAAUUCACGAAUUAACCCUUAACAGUUGAGUGCUUUCUAUAUUGUUUUUAUAUAUAAUAAUUUUUUUUUAAUAUCACAGAUUAUUUCUAUAAUACUUUUUUUUUUUUUUUAAAGAUCUAUCCUCACCUAUUAUAAUCAAUAACAUCUCCCUGUGUUUUUUCAGUUUGCCGAUGAUAUGUACAGUAUUUAUGGUGGCAAUGCAAUUGUCGAUGUUGUGACUGUGGAGUCAUUUGAAACGCCUCUUGUAAGGAAAAGCCGAUCCAUUCUUUCAUCUCCAUCUAUUGUAAGUAAAUGUAAAGAAAAACCUGUAGUUUAAUUUUGCAAAUCAGCUUGCCCUGGCAGUGGGUUUAAAAAACCACUAAAGCCACUCAGACCACUUCUUCUCAAUAAAGUUUUCUGAGUGCAGUAGCCCUGUAGUUUUAACCUUGCAAUAGAUUUCUAGAAUCAUUAGAGAUAUAACUCAGUAGAUAAAUAUUGACCCUGACGUUGCAUUCUGAAUGUGGAGAAUGAGGUCUCUUUACUAUUGGUAUUCCUUAUGAAAAAAUAAGGCAUUAGGCCAAGUGCAUUUACUGCCUUGUUCACGUUCAGAUGGGCUUACAGAAUACAUAGGAGGUGUGGUUCCCUCCUAUUCAGUAGAGUUCUAGUUUUCAUUGGGUACGAGAAUAUGGGGAAGAAGCCAUGUUGUUUUGUUUGCAAUAGAUUCCCUGAGAAAAUCUAGGUAGCUAUGGUUUUGCAAGGGUUUGAUUUUUGUUUUCUAGUUGUAUGUCACAUAAGACUAAUGGGAGCAAAACAAAUAUUCGUAUCCCUUACUGAUGCACACUUAUUUUAUUUUUUCAUCUUUAGAGCAACCCUGGUAGCCCGUAUAAUCUGGCUUAUGAGUACAACUUUAACUAUUCUGUUGUCUUCAACAUUAUCCUUUGGCUCAUGAUUGGACUGGCUCUAGCUGUAAUUGCAAUCUCCUACAAUCUUUGGAACAUGGAUCCUGGCUAUGACAGCAUCAUUUACAGGAUGACCAACCAGAAAAUCAGAAUGGACUAACUUAAAGGAUUUGAUGAUUUAUUUAAAGAAAUGUUGACAUUUCAGAAUGAAUUACUUUUGGUAUUUAAACAAGCAAUCAAAGCAUUGUCUGAUACAUGUCAAAAGCGUUUAAAUAUUUAGGUUGCCCCAAUUUUUAUGAGUGUUCAGACUGGGAUCAAUACCUCCUUCUAUAUCUGUGCUGUAAAAUAAAUACCUAAUAACUUAAUCUCCAUAAAAAGUGCGUUGUGAUAUUUCUGUUGAACAAGAAAUGGAAUCCUAACUUGUUGGCAGAUUCAAUAGAACCAGAAAUCCUGAAAGGUCAACAUUCUAUUUUCAUACCAGUGUUUGCAAAAGUGAAGACCAGGAAGCAGUCAUGAUAUUACAGGAGAGAUUUAUUAUGGAAUAAAAAGUUGGAGUGAUUAGUUUUUUUUUGUUUUUUUUUUAGAAAUUCUUAACUUUGCAGUCAGGAUCCAAAAUUAACACUCUGUGGUAUGUUUAUGGCUGUGCACAAUUUUUUUAACAUUUUUUUUUUUUUUUUGUCACAUCAUUGUUGACCCAAUUUGCAGAAUUUUAUUUUGCUAAAUUAUUUUACACGUGGAUUGGUCAAUGGGCUACUUUUAGAAGUAUGGAUCCCCUAGCAAAUGCUUGGAACAUAAUUUAAGUCCCUGGCAGAAAAUGCAUUUGUAAGCUUUAGUGGCAAAAUAUGUCUGUUACUGAAGUGUGUGUGUGUAUGUAUAUAUAUAUAUAUCUCAGAAAUACAGUAGAUGUGUAACUUUAUGAAAUCUGCACUCACGGGUAUGUCUGAAAGUGACUUGCAUAAAACUACAGCAUCUAUUUAUCCAGUCCUCGGAUAGGAAAAUUCAUCACUCUGUGUACUUAUACAAUUUUCCAACAUUCUACAGCUUUUUUGAUUUGGAAUUCAAUUUGGGUUUUUAUAUUGGAUAUUUAAAGCCCAUUAAACUCAGGCAUAGAAUGAACUAAUUUAACACUGAAGCAAAUGACACUGCACUGAGCAGUAAUUUUUUUUCCCCAGCUGGAAAGACACCGCUUAGUACUCAGACUGGUAUCCUUGGCAACCAGCUGCUUGUGAAAUCUAUGCUCCAUUAUGCUCAGCCAGCCCAAAUGCUACUGACUGUUAAGGAAAUUAUAGAUCACUGACAUUAGGGAUGCUAGGGUUUGCCAUUCCUGUUCUAGUAAAACAAAUUUGUCCUCCUAUGUAGAAUAUUUGUCUUCUGAAUGUAUGCCAACCACUCGAACAUUGCAUGCAUCAAGAUCGUGUGUAGGUGUAUUUAUGUAAGAGGGCUUUAACUCUCAUUGAAGCAGCAGGGGCUAAAUGACACCAGAAUUAAGUUCUAUACAGUUACUACAUUGUAAUGAAUUUCACAAAUCUGUAUUUGAUAUAAUUCGGACAUAAAUUUGAGAAUCAUAUGCAUUUGACCUUUCUGACAGAUGCCUAUUGUUUGUCACUUGCUGGUAUGGUUCUUCAAGCUCAAAAGUAUUUUAUGGUGUGUAAGAACUGUUUUUGUUAAAGCUUGCUUUGAUGAAAAAUCAUUCUGUUAGUAAUUACCUCCAAAUCAUGAGUCCUUAGACAUCUUGUCACAAGUAUCUGGAAGUACCACAAACUGCUCUCUGUAAGAUCACUGGAAUGAAUUCUCCAUGUCCAUGUUGUCCAAUUGAUGGUCAGAACAGUGUCUUACACAGCCCCAAAAUAAUAUUGGGGGGGGGAAAAAAAACUAUACAAGUUUGAUUGUAAUUCAACUAUUAUACAAUUCUAGUCUCCAGUCUGUGCAUGCACACUAUACAUGACACCAAUAAAAAAUAAAGUUUGAUACAUCUCUUAAGCCAGUGCUUCUCCAGGAUUUACCACUUACCCAUUUGUGCUACUGUGGAGAGGCCCCUAAACACUUUUAUUGACUAUACCCGAGAACUGGUUUGGGAAUCACUUAAGUCACUUUAAGUCCUUUCAUGGCUGAUGUAGAGCAAUAUGGGAAGUAUAGUUUUACAAAUCUCUGCAGUAUGAGAUUACUCAUCACUGCUUUAAUUAAUAACAAAUAUCUUUUGAGAGAAACCUAAUCAAUAUCUAUAUUUCAUGGUGCCCAGUUAUCUAUCCCUGUCAUAAAAUAACAAACUAGAAAUGUUCAAAAAACGGUGUAUGAAAUUCCAUUUUAAGUUUGGAUGUUAGAUUUAAAGGAUAUAUUUAUUUUGUGUGAACAUUGUGUAUAAAUGACAGCAUUUAAUAGUUUUUUUCAGAUUGUGUUUUUAAAGCUUAUGUUCAUUGUAAUAACUCCUAUCAAAUUCCUCUGUGCAAACUAUUAAUGGUUGUGUUGUACAUUUAUAAAUGGAUGUAAAUGUUUUUAUUUGUAAUUAUUAAACAGAAAUGGGGACCAAAAAUAUCAUGUUUUUUUUUUUUUUUUUUUUUUAAUAUUGCUUAUCUGAAUCAAUGGCAUGUGUCUUCAAAACCACUGUAUCUAAUGUGUUGGUACUGGGGUUUAACAUGUCUUGGUAUU